AUGCACAAUCUGUUUUUAGGCGUAGUACACAUUCAUUUUCGCGACAUCAUGGGGAUCCAGGAAAGGGAGGAGCCUAGUGCGGGCGACGUCGCUCCGGAUGAGCCGAUUGACAUAAAGAAGAUGCAGGAUUGCAGAAAGCUACUUCAAAGUAAUCCGACGUCCGCACAGUUGUCGAGGCAUCGUAUACGUGAAUUGGCUGAGGUAGCAGAUCAACGAGGGCUGGUCGUCGAAGGAGAAGGUGGUAAGAGGGUCAAAAAGAAGGUGCUCGUCGAAGCGUUGCUGAACAAUAUUGUCACGCCGGACUCUCACCCAUCUCCCCAAACUGAGUAUACGCCUCUCGACGAUGUCUUAGGAGAAGAGUUGAUCGACGAAUACUCAUCGCCUUCUGCGGACGAAGAUGUAGCGCUGCGGUUGACCCACGCCGAGCUAGACGAGAUUCGAUCGGUUAUACAGGACGUAGUGGCCCCACCUUGGCGUCGUGGCCCACCGAAGAACUUGGGGUGUCGCGGUCACGGCAAGCUCAAGGCUGAUCAAUGGAGAUCGUGUCUUGAGUUCGAACUGCCCGUCGCCCUUAUGUGGACUUGGGCUCAUGGUGCCCCGGACGCCAGCACGGACAAGAAGCAGCUGCUGCUGCAUGCGACCAACUACACGGAUCAUAUGCAAGCGUACCUACGUUUCGUCGCGCAAGCCCUCCCACAUUACUCCUUCCGACCUAAUCAUCACGCUAGCCUUCACAUCGGCGAGUUCUUGCUAAGAUAUGGGCCCAUGCAUGGCUGGUGGAUGUUUCCCUUCGAACGUUUGAUAGGUAUCUUGCAACAGGUGAACACCAAUCACAAAAUAGGGAUGCUCGAGAGAACGACGCUAGAGACAUUCUGCACAGCGUCGAACGCGAAAGCGUUUCUGCAACAGCCAUGCUGCCCUGCGCUUUUGCAGCAGUGUUCACCGGUUCUGGAGCACUGCUGGGGGCUCUAUCAAGGUGGUACGCUCAUGACUGACAUACGCACUAUC